AUGUCGGCUGUUCUACACUCACAUUUGCUAUUGGCAUCACCAGCGGAUUCAUUGGAUGCUUUGAAAUCUGUUAUUGAUGGAAAACUGCUCAACUUUAGCCGGAAUAUUCUUGCCGGAGAAUCUUACAGAAAUAUAGAUCACAUACUCGGAAGAGAGAAUUUCCUCGCAAAAAGCGUCGUUUCAAGCCAGAAACAAGAACCAGACUAUAUUUUCAAGCAGCUUCUUGAUGAAUUUGUUUCUGUUUUCUCGGCUGACAAUGAGUUAAUGCUCAUUCUGGCUAUUUCUUUGCUACAAACAUUUAUCCAGAACAACUUUACAGGACCAUCCACACCGUAUGACGGACACGAGAGUUUUUUGUCCUGUUUGGGUGUCGAAGAUCAAUUCAAAGAAAUUUCUUUGCGUCUUUUGAGCGUUUCGGGCCAACCAGUGUACGAAUUAUGCGACAGACCAGAAUAUCUUGCCAUAGCAUUGGGUCUUUUUGAAAAACUGACGAACUCGAAAUCGCUUAUUUUAAAUGAAUUCUUGGCUGAGGAUGAGUCCGAGGUGGUGGAGAUUUCUGCAUCGGAAACGUCUGUACUGCGGGCUGCUUCUCUUUGGUGGAGAUCGCGUGCAUUGCUAACUCAGCUAGCACUUUUACCUCAAGUCACAGGUUCCCAACCGAUUCUUGCUUCUUCCAUUUUGGAUUCCCCCGAUCUUGUUCUGGCCAUAGCGAAGGAGUUUCCAUCUAGCUCCGACGCCAAACUCCAGAGGGACUUAGCCAUAAUAUUUUAUUUGGAAAGGGCCAGAUGCUCACUUGCACUUGGAACAGAAAACCUAUGUCACUCAUCACUUUUGAAGGCACAAAAGUUGACCGGGCUUCAGUUUAUUCUGACCGGUGCGAGAGCUAAGAGAACCAAGUAUCAAGAAAAGGUCCAUUCAGAACUUAUCAUUUUGGCUUCUUCUUCUGGCGAGUUCAAAGCAGAAGAUAACCAAGUGGAUAAUCCUGUUACUUUUGACUUACAAUCUGAAUAUUUACUUGAGAAACCACAGUACGAGGAUAUCGGCAUGGAGCCACUGAACGAGCAGAUUAUCAAAAGACAGAAGCACGAGGCCGCCGAAAUGGGUUUCAACGAUGAAUUUUUACCUGUAGCGGAGAGGCAAGAAGAAAUUCCAAUUGUUCUUAAAGAAUUAGACCCAAAUGAUCAGCCCCAGUUACAUGAAUAUGAUAGUAUUCAACUCUUAUUGCGUCUUUACACGAUACGACAAACGAGUCCUGCUGGGGAUCUUUUGGUACAAGAGGAGCUUUUGGCUUUGUUGAGCAGAAUUUUGCACCAGAAAGGGCAUGCCAAUUGGACUGUGUUUUCAAGAAGUUUAUGGGAAAGGUCGAUGAUAGAAACGAAUAGAGCAAAGACGAUAGAGAGAGGUAUUAUUCAGAUGCAAUCGUUGGUCGAGGAACUCGGAUUAAUGAUUGACAGCAAGUUCAUUCCUCAAGGCACUGACGAAUCAACUGCGAACCCUUCAAAGAGGCUUCAAUACGUACAUCAACUUCCACUUUUACCACGCUGGUCUCUGGACAUUGAACUCGCUGAGAAGUACAUGUCAAUCGGUGUUCUAAUGUCAGCUGUCGAAAUUUACGAAAGAUUGUCUUGUUGGUGCGAGGCUGCAUUAUGCUACGCUGCCGUGGGUCAAGAAAAGCGUGCAGAAGAGAUUUUAUUGUCGCGGAUUGAACAAAAUCCAAAUGACUGUCGGGCCUAUUCGAUUCUCGGUGACGUAAGGCAAGAUCCACAGCUUUGGCUCAAGAGUUGGGAAAUCGGGCGAUACGUCAACGCGAAAAACUCUCUUGCAAGUUAUUAUUACAACCCUCCCACUUCCUCGGGACUUGCUAAAGAUCUGCCACAAGCGCUAGGUCAUCUUAAUGACUCGUUGAGGGCCUACCCACUGUCAUUCGAAACCUGGUAUUUUUACGGCUGUAUGGGCCUUGAAGAUGGAAACAUGAAUUUAGCUGCUGAAGCGUUCUCGCGCUGUACAGCACUUGACGACCGGCAUUCGCAGGCCUGGUCCAAUUUGGCUGCGGCUUAUUUUGAGCUCGGAAAAUUGAAAGAGGCUCAUAACUGCUUAAAAAAGGCUGUCAGAUCAGAUUCGGAUAACAAGUGGAGGAUUUGGGAAAAUCUGAUGCUCGUUUCUUUGAAACUUAACGAGUGGAAUGAUGUUCUGAUGUGUUGCAAACGGCUUGUGAAUAUGCGUCGCAACAACUUGGGCGAAAAAGCCAUAGACCUUCCGAUCAUUGAGAAACUUGUAGAGCUCUUGAUCGAUUCAGAUUACUCAGAGAAUCUCAAUUACUUCCAAAAUUCCUGUAUUGAACUUAUCUGUGUGACUUUACCCACUAUCAUCACGACUGACUAUCGGUGUUGGAAGUUGAUUGCGCGUGUUGAACUAUGGAGAAGAAGGCCAUGGGCAUCGUUGGAUUGUCAAGAGAAAGCAUUUAGGGCCAUUUCACAUGAUCCUAAUAUGGAGGUUGACGAGCAGGUUUGGAAUGAAACAGUCGAUGCUUGCGAGGAUCUCAUUGCUGCAUACGAGUCUCUCGGUGAAAUGGAGGGGAAACACGGCGCGGGAGAUUUAGUUUGCAGGGAUUGGAAAUACAAGGCCAGGAAUGUCAUCAAGUCCUUGAUGGGAAGGGGAAAAAGUACGAUGGAAGAUUCUGAUGGAUGGUUUAGACUCCAGGAUAUGAGAGACCAACUUUGA